AUGCAGAGGGCUGGGGCCGGGGCCCGCAGGGCCUCCGACUGUGGGCCUGUACCUUACCGGCCCAGGUGCAUUGCCAAGCUUGCCCAGUAUGUGGGAUCCUUUCCUGUGGAUGACAUGGAUACGCAGGAGGGUGUGUACCUUGUGCAGCAGCAGCUGUGGGCACUGCAGGACUGUUCCCGACGCCGUGCCGUCAUCCUGAAAUUCAGCCUUCAGGGUCUCAAGGUCUACAGUGGGGAGGGCGAGGUGCUCCUGAUGGCCCAUGCCCUGAAGCGCAUCCUCUAUGCCACCUGGUGCCCAGCUGCCUGUCAGUUUGCUUUUGUUGCCCGGAACCCACGCAGCCCAGCCAGCAAGCUUUUCUGCCACCUCUUUGUGGGGAGCCAGCCUGGAGAGGUCCAGAUCCUAUACCUGCUGCUCUGCCGCUCCUUCCAGCUUGCUUACCUCCUGCAACACCCGGAGGAGAGGGCGCAGCCUGAGCCCUGCCUGGGGCCAAUGGGGGACAUGUCCCCGAAACCACUCUGCAGCCCUGGGGCACCCCCUGCCCUAGUGCGAGAGCCCUUCAGCCGGGAUCAGCUAUCACCAAACGUCCAUGCUCUGGUUUCCUUCCGUCGAGUUCCUGCUGAAGGGCUACUGGGCAGUAGUGGGAAGGAGCUGCCAGAGCCCGAGGGCCGUGGUGGCAGCCGUCACACUCGCCUGGGCAACCCCUACUGCUCUCCCACACUGGUGCGCAAGAAGGCCAUUCGCAGCAAGGUGAUCCGCUCUGGGGCCUAUCGAGGCUGCACCUACGAGACUCAGCUGCAGCUCUCAGCACGGGAGGCCUUUCCUGCUGCCUGGGAGGCAUGGCCCCGCAGCCCUGGCGGUCCCUCCUGCCUGGUGGAGAAUGAGGGUAGCCUGACUGAGAACAUUUGGGCCUUUGCUGGCCUCUCCAGGUCCUGUGCUCUUGCCCUGCUGCGGAGAGAUGUGCAUGGGGCCUUCCUGCUGUGGCCAGAACCGGGGACCAGUGAUCAGUGGAGCCUGUCUGUACGGACCCAGUGUGGCGUGGUGCCUCACCAGGUCUUCCGGAACCACCUGGGCCGGUACUGCCUAGAGCACCUGCCAGCAGAGUUCCCCAGCCUGGAGGCCCUGGUGGAGAGCCACGCCGGGAUGGAGCGCAGCCUGUUCUGCCCACUCGGCAUGGGCCGUCUAAACCCCACCUAUGAAGAGCAGGACUGUGGUCCCGAGGGCAGGCUUCCACGGACUCUGCGGCCCCUCAGCCACGCCAAGUCUGAGGCAGAACUGCAAGGCCUGGGCUAG